GAAUGGGGAGGGAAGGUUCUGUAUGAGAGAGUGGGAGCGGUGUGAGGAAACGCGUCCUGGAAGUUUCGUGCACCUUCCAGCAAAUACAUGGUUACCCACCCUAGCUUCGCUACGGUCUAUACAUUCUCAGCUUCGAUUGACAUCUCUUCUCAUAACUAGCAAAAUAGCCCUUGUUGCAGUUCAGCUCUUCGUUUUAGUUUGACCACAGGUUAAGGAAGCCAUCAAGCUUGGAAAACUUUUCCACCCACUGAGACCAGUCUUUUCUGCGUCUCCUUCUCUGCGUCGAUCUCAUCAAGAAGAGCGGCUGCCUCCGUUCGGCAGGUCUAUUUCGAGAAAAAGCUGCCUGUGGUCCUUUUCUGGGACCUUUCUGUGGUUUCUCAUAGGAAAGGAUUCGAACGUCUGUUAGUUCUUCCAUACCCCAUAAAUCCUCGGCAGAUCUCGAAGUUAUUUUCUGCAUAGCUCUCUCUCUUUCCUUCCUCUGCUAGCCCUUUGCUUCAGCAUAUCUUUCAGACGUUUUGGACCGCCAUGGGAGGCACCCUGGAGUACUUUUCUGGCUUGCUGGGCAGUGGUCACGAGAAGCACAAGAGGAAGAAGCAGUUGCAGACCGUGGAGCUCAAGGUCAGGAUGGACUGCGAGGGGUGUGAGCUUAAGGUCAAGAAAGCCCUUUCUUCCAUGAAAGGAGUUCAAUCAAUAGACAUAAAUAGGAAGCAGCAGAAGGUGACAGUGGUUGGCUAUGUUGAACCGAAUAAGGUCCUAAAGAAGGCACAGUCCACAGGGAAGAAGGCUGAGAUCUGGCCUUAUGUUCCUUAUAACUUGGUCACCCAUCCUUACACUGCAGGGGCCUAUGACAAGAAGGCUCCCCCAGGCUAUGUUAGGAAUGUGGAGUCUGUUUCAGUAUCAUCCAGCCAAGCCAGCAAACAAGAUGACCAGAUCACCAACAUGUUCAGUGAUGACAAUCCAAACUCCUGCUCAAUUAUGUAAAGAGCUCACAUCUGUCUAAGCUCCUGCCAUUCUAGAUCAUAUUAGACAAGAAACAAGUUGACAGAUGACAUAUUCUCCCCCCCAUAUAUAUAUAUAUAUAUAGUUUGUUCUUUUUAUUGUGCUGAAGAGGUCUGGAAGAGAGUUGCAGCUUUAAUUAGGAGCAGGGAGGAGGGGUUUCUGCCCAGUACUGUUCCUCUUUAAUAUUUUCUUGAGAGCUUGUUAGUUAAAUGCUUCAAUGCUACCAUACAAUAUAGAAUGUAGGCAAGUCUCUGCUGGGUCCGGUUGGAAAUGAGCUGUGGAUUGUUAUAUGACAGCUAUGUUUUACGUAAUGAGAUAAUCUGUCCUUGAGCAA